AUGACGAUGCGACACGAAAGUUGGAAUCGAUUCUGCCAAAAUACCAGCAACCGUUUGGCGAUUGAGGCUCUUCAGUUGUUCAAGGCUCACCUCAAUGAUAAUCGCCAGGAUGAUCAACCUGGUUGCGGACGCGAAUUUCUGGACAGCAUUUGCUUGGGCAUUCGGAAAAAAUUUGAACUCUCCUUAUCCCAAAGAUAUUUCGUCUCAAAAGAAGAUUGCACCAAAUUUCACAUAUCUAAAGGUUGGUUUUCUCCCUGGUGUGCGAGCAUACUGUGGUUUGGCAAAUAUGUCAUUUCUGCUUCGUGCUCUCCUAUUUGCUAUUUGGACAGAUGA